GAUUCGCGCUGUACAGUGAGAGACUUUCUUCUGUGUGUGCGUGUGAUUUAUUUCAUAUUCCUCAGGACGCGUGUUGUGAUCACGGCAUCUUCUAAACUUAUUUUUCAUCUUUUCACCUUCAUUUCUUAACUCAUCGUUGGUGUUUUCCGACACAUUGUAUCGCUUUGAGCCGCAGCGGAUUGAAAGGGCAGAUCUGCAUCUGAUGGCAGACGCUGUCCCGUCCGGUCUGUUGGAGGCAUGUGUUGUUGUCGGUGUAUCGAAUGAAAAUCUGAAGGAGCUAUGCCAGCUACGGGGUAAAGAGACAGAGCUUCCCCUGGUGGAGGCGGAGGUGUUACAGGUUCACGCGCCUCCUUUUGUCAAGAGGGAGAGUUCAUGUAACGGUCUGGAGAGUUCUCACGCUCCGGCCUUCAGCAGAGCCCAGAAGAGACGAUCUUUCAAAAAGAAAAGAGAACGACCGGUCUCCACCGUUAGCGAUUCCACCAAGACCAAUGAAUCAGCGGUCCCCAUUUCAGAGGAACUCAGCGUUCCACAAAACAUUGACAUUAUAGCCAUGCAACAGCUCUGCUUCCCAGAUGGUUUGAGAAUAACUAAAGAGAGCAGAGAGGACUCGUAUCAUUUCCUGGUCUUUACCGAUGUGUUUGGGAACCAGACGCAUGGGGUGGUGGCUCAAUAUAGCAAACCUGUUCAGUUCUGCCAGGAUAAUAUGGUGCAUCACAACGGUCAUCGGUCCUCCAAACUCCAGCGCUUGUACACAACAUACAGCAUUUGUAUCAUUUCUAAAUACCCGUAUUAUAAUGCGCUGAGAGACUGUCUGUCCUGUUUCUUGCUUCAACUGAAGACCGGCCGCAUGUCAGAGUUUGAGGAGCAGGUGAAGGAGUUUUCUGCUAAGUUGGCAUUGGUGCCCAUUCCUCCACCUGGACAGCUGCACGUGGUGUUUAACCUCAGACCUCUUCACAUUGAACUUCCUUCAAGACUGGAUAUAGACCGACCCGUUGUGGACCUGGAUCUUCACCUGCCCUUCUUGUGUUUCAAACCCAAAGAGAUCCUGCAGAUCAUCAGCAGCAUCCUGAUGGAACAGAGGUUGGUGUUUCUAUCCACCAACUGGUCCAAGCUGACUCUAAUGGCUGAAAGUUUCAUGAACUUCAUUCAUCCCCUGCGCUGGCAGCAUCCAUUUGUGCCAGUCCUGUCUCGUCAGAUGCUAGACUUCAUCAUGGCCCCCACAGCUUUUCUGAUGGGCUGCCACACCUUCCACUUUGGGGACGUGGCUGAGGAGAUUGAGGAUCUUGUUCUUAUAGACAUUGACAAAGGAACUGUGUUAAGCUCAGACAAACUGGGGCUUCCAGAUGUGCCAGAGACGGCAAAAAAUUGUUUUAUAUUCCGGUGUAAGGAGUUGCAGUUACACUAUGAUCUCGAGUUGUGUAACACCAGCACACACACAGACAUUAAUGAUUUGCGAGCUCAGAGAAGACGCUGGCAGCAGAAACUUAAUGCUGUCAUCCUGAACGUCACCAUGGAGCUGAUGGUCAAUAUCUUCAGUGAUGUGCGUGAAUUUCUGAACUAUGAGCACCGUGUGUUCAACAGUGAAGAGUUCCUCAGGUCCAGAGAGCCUGAAGAUCACUCGUUUUACGAGAAGGUUUUAGACACUCAUAUAUUUCACUCAUUUCUGCGAGAUCGUUUGAACAAAAGAAACGAUGCCUUCACUCGUAUGGAGCUAAAGAACCGCUCGGAGACUAACAGGUUGAGGUCUAUGACGGAGUCUCCACGCAGACCCACUGUGGAGGAGAUCAGAAAGAGACCUGAGAAUGGUUUAAAUAAGAGGCUGGGGAUGAGUAUGCCUAACCUGACAGAAGACAGAUUAGUAACCGCACCUGUCCGACACCUGUCCAUGAAGACGAUGCUCACACAAUCCAGUACCUGGAGUCCCUCAAGACAAAUCGAAACCUUUAAACUCCCAGAAUUCCCUCCUCCGCUGGCCUUCCAGUACGUUCAGAACUAUUACUCGGACCUCAUCAGUCAACUGAGUAAAGCCAUCAACAUGGCAACCCCAGACGACUCUGCCCUCCUGGCACGUUACCAUUACCUCCGAGGACUAGUGAAUUAUGUUGCCGGGAAACGCGUGGAUGCUCUCGGAGACUUCCAGAGCUUAUAUAAGACGGAUGUGGACAUCUUUCCCGUCAAGCUGGUUAACUCACUCGUGGAUUCUCUGCCCGCCGAUGAGAGACAGAUGGCCGAACGCCGCACCGAAUUAAAGCGUCUGAUCAGCCGGGUAAAGAAGGACAACGAACUCGAGCAAGCUCGACCGCUGGAUGGCGGUUCCGUGAAGAGAUUCGAGCUGCCUAAGAAACACCUGCAUCUGGACGAUUUUGUGCGGCGGGUGCAGGAGUCAGGCAUUGUGAAGGACCUGGGCACCAUUCAUCGCCUGUUUGAAGCCUUCACUGUGGGUCAGCAGAAGCAGGUGGAUCCAGAGAUCUUCUGCUUCUUUUAUAACUACUGGAAGGAGACCGAAGCCACAGCUCACGACGUUGAGUUACCAGCCAUCGUGCUGGAACAUCUGGAGAUCAACGAGUGUGUGUACAAGCUCUCGUCUUCAGUAAAGACCAGCCACGGUGUGGGGAAAAUCGCCAUGACCCAGCGCAGGCUUUUCCUGCUGACCGAAGGACGACCCGGGUACGUCGAGAUCACAAAGUUCAGAGAUAUUGAGGACGUGAGGAAAUAUUCAACACCUUUCCUCCUUCUGAGGAUCCCGACCCUGAAGAUCAAGACGUCUCUCAGAAAGGAAUCUUUUGAGGCCAAUCUGAAGUUAGAAUGUGAUCUCUGGCAUCUGAUGAUCAAGGAGAUGUGGGCAGGCAGGAAAAUGGCAGACGAUCAUAAGGACCCUCAGUUUAUGGAGCAGGCACUGAUCAAUGCUCUUCUGAUGGACGCUGUGGUCGGCAGCCUGCAGACUCAGAAAGCCAUCUAUGCUGCUUCAAAGCUCGCCUACUUCGACAAGAUGAAAUCCGAGGGUCCAAUAACGGUUCCUACGACUACAUCUGAAACUCUGAAGCACAAGAUUAACCCAUCACUGGAUCUCACUUCACCACAGGCAGUAGAUGUUCUGUGCUACACUCCUGGUCAGCUGGGUGUGUCAGAUCUGGACGGAGGUGGAAACCCAAAGCUCUGGUGUGCAAUGAGUGAUGGGAAGGUCCUUGUGUUCGAUGCAGCCAGCUGGACCAUGCAGCACAGCUCGGUUCAAGUGGGAACGUCUCGUCUGAACUGCAUGCUGUCCGUGAACUCGCAGCAGCUGUGGAUCGGAUCGGAGGAUUCGUUCAUCUACAUCAUAAACCCCCGCAGUACAUCCUGCAAUAAACAUCUGACAGAACAUCGCACGGCGGUCACUGGAUUCGCUCUGGAGGAGAGAGCCGACAAAUACAGUCAGAUGGUGGCGUACUCGUGCAGCGCAGAAGGCAGUGUGAUCCUCUGGGAUGUGUCCAUGCUGCAGGUCAAACGUCAGUUCAGAGUGCCGUGUGACAAACUGAAGUCCAUUCAGAUGCAUGACGGCAUGUUGUGGUGCUGUGCACGUGAUUGUCUGGUAGAAGUUCGGAGGAACGGCACAAUGCAUCGUAAGGUGUCACUUCCCGUUCACCUGCAGGGCUCUCCGGCGUCCUUCAGCAGCUUCCUGCUUUAUAAUGAGUCGGAGUAUCUCUGGGCCAGCUUUGCAGACGCAGGUGAGAUCUGUGUAUGGCAUUGCAAAGACCUGAGCAGACCAAUCAUCAGAAUUCAGCUGCAAGACUGCGCGAGCGUCGUCUGCAUGAUCAGAGUGAAAGAUCAGAUUUGGGUGGGUGGCCGUGGACGUAGCGGCUCAGGGAAAACCCGUGGGAAGAUCUAUGUUGUGAACGUAGAGCAAUGCAGGGUGGAGAAGGAGCUGGUGGCACACGCUGACUGCGUUCAGACGCUGUGUUCGGCUGAAGAUCGCUAUGUGCUCAGUGGAGCUGCGCAGGACGAUGGGAAGAUCGGCAUAUGGAAGGUCGAGUAGAGGAUUUCUAACGAGUGGACCGCCAUGAGGAACCGUGUCAGAAUACAGUACUGUAUAUACAAACUAUAUACAGUUUAUUACAAACAUAUUCAACCUGAUAAGAAAUUAUGAAGGGAUCAAAACUAACAAAUAAUCCUUGCAUUCGUACGAAGAUGUAAUAUUGUGUUUAUUUUUACAGAACUCUGAAGUUGCUGUCAAUAUAGGAGGGAAGACACUAUUUAUUCUGAAAUAAUCAGUGUUAUAUCAGUAUUUAAGUACCUCAGUCACGUAAUAUAAUGGUGAAGGAGUAUUUUUCUUUGUUUACAGUGAGUUAAAAGCCAAAGUCGUCGGUGAAUAAGUAAAUGAUGCCAUAUAUUUAUUUCUUUAGGAUUAAUCAUUUGUAGUUUCAGAAAUCAUUUCUAAUCUUAUACAUUUAGUUUUUUUAAACCAACACACGGUGUCAUUUCAACUUGACUCUCUUGUUUAUUAUAGCAAUAAUAGUUCGUCAUUUGUGAUGCUGAAGGGAAGAAUAAUAAACAUCAUGUCAGAAUUUUAGCACUGAACCUGUCUAUAUACUGUAUAAAGAUAUUUUGUAUAUACAGUUGAUUAUGCUUUGUAUUAUAUCGAUAUUUAACAAAAUUAUACUAAAUUGUUUUUAAAUUGACAUACUGGUUUUAUAUCAUAUUAUCAUCAAUAUUUUCUAUUGACAUUUUUAGUCUGGGUUUAUACUGGAUGUAGUCUAUCUUUAUUUCAUAAACUCAUAAAAUGUUCUUGACCUGAA